AGGCUCCUUCCCAGAAGCAAAAGCGGAAACAAAAGAGUCUCGCCGGCGUCCUCGCCCGCACACUCGCGCACACCCGCGCUCCGGCGCACACGGAACAGGCACCGGCGCCCGGAGCGAGCCAGCGAGCCGCGAGCAGCGAGCCGGGGACCCCCGGCUGAGCCAGCAGAGCAGCCAGCGAGUCGAGCCCGCGACGACCCUACGCCCCCGCGCCCCGUAGCUGCCCCCAGCCGGCCGGUGUCCCCGCCGCCCUCCCUGACCCAUGGCGCUGAAGAGGAUUCAGAAAGUGAGUGCCCGGGCCAGGCCUGGGGCGACGGGGCGCGCUUCGGCUCCCUGCCCACACUGACCCCGGCGAUGGUCCCGAAAGACGCGCCGGGAGGGCACGGGAUGGGAGGGUGCGCGGGGAUCAGGGGGCCGGAGAUGCCGGCGGGGCCAGCGGGCACUGGACAGGAAGAAGAGUACAGCACCAGCUGUGAAGAUAACAGCAACAAAAACAAAUGAAAGGACCAAGAUAUACUGGAGAAGACUUGGAAGAAGGAGACCAGAGUUUGCACUUGACUCCGUUUUUAGCUUAUAUAUCACUUUCUUAGGAAAGCCUUUCCCUACCACAUCCUAUUCCUUAUUCGUCUGUGUUAGAACACUGAACUCAUUGUUGUAAUUACCAUAUUGCAAUGAUUCGAAGGUGCACAUAUUUUUCAUUUUAACAUUUCUAAAGUUUGGAUGCAUCUUAUAAUUGAUAUCUUAAAAUUAGUUGGUAGCAUUUCUCAAUUAUUAGUACAAAAAUAAGGAUGUGAUUUAUGGUUGAUGGCAUCUUAGAUUUGAUGAAAUACAAUAUUUACAUGUGUUCCCAUGAAAAGGUUUAUGUCAUUCCAACAGUUUUAAAUACCAGGUAUACACAGUAUUUUCCAAUUUCUAGUCUAGUCCUCUUUUAAGCUCCAGACUUGCAUGUUGAACUAAAUUUUCCUUUGAUACCCCAGGGAUCACCAAUUCAAUAUGUCUACUUUCCGAAAAAACUUGUCUUUUAGCAUUCCCCCAAUCUCAGUAAAUGGAAUCUACGUUCGUACAUUCAUGAAGCUAAAAAGCUACCAGUUUGACUGCCAGGGUGUGAAUCCCACUUCCACCCUAUACUAGUUAUAUAAGCACAUGGAGAUGUGUGUUGCCUUUAUUCUUCAUCUGUAAAAUGGGGAGCAUAAUAACACCUAUCUCUGAGAGAUUUUAGGAGAUUAAAACAAGGAGUAAAUGUUAGCUGCCACUAAUCUUCAUGAUACAUAUCUGUGACCUCUCUCCUUAACUCUGUACAUGUAAUUCAUCUUCAGAUCCUGUGAGAGGUGGGCCCUUCAAAAUAUUUCUGUCCACUUGUAUCUCAUUGCUGCUUCUCCACUCCAAGCCCUCAUUUUUCUCACCUAUAGUAACUAAUAGCUUCUACUCUUUCUCAUCUCUAAUCUAUUCAAUACAAAGAUCAGUCAACCAUCUUUUAAAUCAGAUCAUACAGCUUCUUAAAACCCACAAUUCUUAAUAUGGUGUGUAUUGUUCUCAGUUGUCUGCCUAGCCUCUGCUUGCUUUUUCAGCCUCAUCUUAGGCCGCUCUACCUCACAGUGUCACUCAUUUCUCCCAAAUGAACUCCCACUCAUCCUUUACUUUUCGUCUUAGCUGCCACUGCCUCAAAGACAUGUUCUGAUCUUCCAAACUAAAGUAGGUACUUCAGCCCUAAUGUGUGAUCUUUUGUAUUGAAUUUAUACCUUUCAUAUUUGGGGUGAAGAUAAGGAAGUUGAGUGAUUUCCCCAAGGCUUGCAAUGCUAAUUAUGGUAGAACUAGAAUACCAGCCCAGGACUGGCCAACUCUAAACUCUUAUUUCCAUGGUCCUUCCUUUGCUUCCUUGAGAGCAGAAGAUAGCAUAUGAAUCAAUGUGCCAGGCUUCCACAUGCGGCCUGACUUCUCUCCUCUCUUUCCAUUUAACCUUCAGGUUUGGAGAUAUCUCAUGAAGGAAUUUAGUACCUGCCAUACUCGUCUACCAAUCAGUAACAGAAUUAAGUGAUCUACAACGCGACCCACCUGCUCAUUGUUCAGCUGGACCCGUGGGAGAUGACUUGUUCCACUGGCAAGCAACUAUUAUGGGACCUGAAGCAAAAUACAAUUAAAGGAUUUUUGAUGAUUUUCUGGAGCACUGGUGGCAAAUACUUGUUAGGAUCACUGUGAUGUUUUCCUUUGCCAAUUCCUUGAUCAUUACACAUAGUCAUGGAUCACCCACAAUUUGCAACCAGGCUCCUGAUAGCGCCUAUCAAGGUGGAGUCUUCUUUCUCACUGUACAUUUUCCGACAGACUAUCCUUUUAAGCCACCAAAGAUUGCUUUCACAACAAAAAUUUACCAUCCAAACAUAAACAGUAAUGGAAGUAUUUGUCUUGAUAUCCUGAGGUCACAAUGGUCACCAGCUCUGACUGUAUCAAAAGUUUUAUUGUCCAUAUGUUCUCUACUUUGUGAUCCUAAUCCAGAUGACCCCUUAGUACCAGAUAUUGCACAAAUCUAUAAAUCAGACAAAGAAAAAUACAACAGACAUGCAAGAGAAUGGACUCAGAAAUAUGCAAUGUAAAAUAAAAAAAUAUUUCAUAUAUACCAGAGUACUGUAAAAUCUAGGUUUUUUUCAACAUUAGCAGUAAAUUGAGCACUGUUUACUGUUUCAUUGUACCAUGAAAUCCUUUGAUUUUUACCCAUUUUACAUGUAUUUCUGAAGCAAGACAAAACAAACUUCCAAAAAUACCCUUAAGACUGUGAUGAGAGCAUUUGUCAUUUUGUAUGCAUUGAGAAAGACAUUUAUUAUGGUUUUUAAGAUACUUGGACAUCUGUAUCUUCAGCUUACAAGAUCUGCAAUGCAUCUGAAAAGUAACCAAAUUAUUUUUUGCUGAAACUAGAUGUUUUUACAUGAGAAAUACUGUAUGUGUUGUCUAAGAUGUCACCAUUUUUAUAAAUCUGUAUUCAGAUUUCAUUCUUUGUUAGCUCACUUUAUAAUUUGUAUUUUUUUACUGUAUAGACUAAAUAUAUUCUAUUUACAUGUAUGUCAACUCAUUACCUUUUUCCUGUGAACAGUAUUGAAAAAAUGCAACAGCUGGUAAUUAAGUGAAUUAACUGUCUCCCUUGUCUUAGGGUAUUCGGUAGAUUGAUUGCAGAUUUCUUAAACCUGAAAGGAUCUUUACACUGUAAUUCUCAGUAUCCUGAUUAUGGAGAAACACUUGUUUUGAUUUUGUUAUACUUGACUUAACUUUAUUGCAAUGUGAAUUAAUUGCACUGCUAAGUAGGAAGAUGUGUAACUUUUAUUUGUUGCUAUUCACAUUUGAGUUUUUUUUCUGUAUAGGCAAUAUUAUAUUGACACCUUUUACAGAUAUUAAUGUAGCUUUUUCCAUAUAAAUAAAAUGCUUUUUCUACUAUUUGUCUUGAUUACUUAAAGAAAUAAAUUAUUAUAAGUAAGGAUCAAAACUAUAAAAUUUCGCAUGAAAAUUAAUUCCAAAUUGUGAGAAUGAGUUGUAUUUGGCAUUCACUGCCAUUAAUUAUAUAAAUUUUAUUGCUUUAGGUUUGUAUCUGUUUACUGUAUUAUCAGUCUAGAGAAUGAUACACAUUGGACCCUUGUUAUAGAAGAGAAUUUAGAGUAAGUUGAGGUUUGUCUUGGAUCACAUUUUAAGUGGAUCAUUUACUAAAGUACUGUGAUGAGUAUAAGGCAGUGUCACCCACACUGAAGAAAGUAUUGACCUGAAAAAUAGUUUAACUAUUAAAAUGCCCCUCUAGGUGGAAUGGACAUUGUAUUUCUUAACAUUUUAAAAUCUAGAAUUUUCAAAAUAGUAGUUUAGUGCCAUCACAGUUUGAAAGAGGGCAUCCAUUUUUUUACUACAGAUGUUAUAAAGAAAAUUCGAAAAUGAUGCUUUCCUCUGUUUUUAUAAAUUUCCAGUUAAAACUGAUUUAAAUAAGCAGGUUAUCUUUGCAGAUUUUAAAGAAAGCUAGAAAGUUCUAACUUGGAAAAAAAAAUACAUUUCUAAUUAUUUAGCAUGCUUACCAAACUUGAGUGAGUGUCAUUUUUAAGAAGAGUUGUAGCUCUUUGGAUUAUUGCAGUAGCUGUAUAUAAGUGUGCAAGAAUCUGUGAUGGAUGUAGUCGUUAGUAAAGCAUUUAAAUCACUUCAGUAUUUUACCAUGGAUCAUUACCAUUAAAGCACAAAAUAACCCGUUGUUAGAAAAUGUGUUUUUAUAAGUGAAUGUAAAAAUAAAUAAAUGAAUUGUGAAAUGGAUGUUUAAGAAAAUAUAGGUUUAAAAAGUAACUAUAUUAAGUAACGUCUUGAAACAAACAUAUCAUGAAAAACACUGCUUUACUAGGUAUAUGAUUAUAAGCUACAUUCACCCAGAAUUUACACUCAACUUCAUUAAAGUAUUUAGUCUAUUUUGAUAGUAAAGGAUUUUGUUUCUUGAAUAUCUUUCACUUUUUUUAAAACUUUGAUUUGUGUGGCAUUUAUUUUUGGAAGUGUCCUUUUUUUUUUUCUUUAUUAAAGGUUUUGAAAUUCGCCUAAUUCUUGUUUGCCUUUGCUUACAUCUCAAUUGUACAACCAGACUCCAGAGGAGUGAGCGCAGUUUCUCAUAAUUAAAUAAAAACCUUAAGAGCUCAACAGUGGCAUAAUGAUUAACCAAGUCACCAUUUUAGUUAUGUCGUGUUUUGCUAAAUUCUGACAAGGAUAUAUCAGUUACCUUGUACAACUGUAAGUCCGAAGUCAGGGGCCUUCCUCCAUAAGUAACCAUUAAUUUAGGGACCCCUGGAAUGAGGAAAAUGGGUAGUCUUUUGGAGAUUUAGGAUCAUACCUCUUGAAGUCCUGGAUGUUUCAAGACCGUUACAAACCAUAUUCAAGUUGAAUUCUGGACACUAGUAACUGUCACAUACAGUUAAGUCAGAGAUACAAGUUGUAAAGGCAACCUCACCCUCAUCUCCCAUAUUUGCAUAUGAUUCUUGAAGUACAGGCUUUACACCUGCCUAUGUAAACCAUAUAUAAUUAUUCAUUUUUGCUUUAAGUCAUCCCCCUUGCCCCCUUGUCCUUAAACUGUUUAGGGAAAAUUUAAAAUUUAUUUUGUAGAUCAACUACUUAUCAAUUGCAAAGGAUCAUAAGGUAUCAAAUGAGAAACACAAACACAGAGCACAAGGGCAACCUUAAGAGUUAAUAUUCAAGAGUAACUUUUAAAAAAACUUGAUAAAAAUACCACAUGUAGUUUUUCAUUUCUUUUAUCACUUUAUUUCAGUGAUCAGUUUAUCUCUGUACACGAUUCAGCCAUUGAUGUUUUGCAGGAUCCUGCUCUCACAGUUCUGUAUUUUUAAGAUGGAAAAAUUGGGGAAAUUAAUUUUCCUCUCAGAUUAAAAGAGAUUCUUGGUUGUGAAACUAUUAAUAUCAUGUUUAUUUGUUGGUAGUCAAUUUGAAUUGGACUCAAAGUCCAGUUCAGUCAAUGAUGUUCUGAGUUCUGCUGUAGAAUCAUUAGUCCUGUUACUAGGACCAGCCAUGGAAAAUGUGAUCAAUGCUUUAGCCAUGGCCAUAUAAAUAGAGCUUCAGUAUAUUCAAAUUGUUGGAUUUGGUCUGUUAUACAAGAGUAUUGUUUAUCUUUUUAGUUUAAAUCUUUUUUUUUUUUUUUUAAAGAUUUUAUUUAUUUGACAGAGAGAGACACAGCGAGAGAGAGAACACAAGCAGGGGGAGUGGGAGAGGGAGAAGCAGGCUUCCCACGGAUCAGGGAGCCCGAUGCGGGGCUCGAUCCCAGGACCCUGGGAUCAUGACCUGAGCCGAAGGCAGACGCUUAAUGACUGAGCCACCCGGGCACCCCUUUAGUUUAAAUCUUUUAAGUGAUUAUCAGUGUAAUAAAAUAAUAACAAACCUGAUAGAAGUUCAGUUUUAUCACUCAUCAACUGUGUACUAGGACUUUCAAAAAUUUUUUCCUUAAAACGGGUUUAAAUACAAUUCAUUAGCCCUAAAGUGUAAUGCACGUCAUUUGUGAAAGUUCUCAUUUCUUUAAUAGUGCUUCUCUUACUGUUCUAAUAGUUGUACAGAUAAGAGAAGAUUCAUCUAAUUAACAUUUCAGACACCAGUUUUCAGUCUUAUUUUUUGACCCAGGGUUUUCUGGGUGCUGUAUAGCAGUUAGCAAACUAGGCUGUGGUAAAGCAUUUGUGGUUAUAAUUCUUGCUGGUUGUUUGAUAUAAUUACAGUAUUUUAUUUUCUGUAUACUGAGAAAUUUAUAUACUGAAUAGAAGGAGUGUCUUAUUCACUAUUUGGCUUUUUAUCAUUUUAUUUGAUGUGUAAAACAUCUUCCUGUAUUAGCAAGCAAUGCCUAUCGCAGUGCUAUGCUAAUCACCUUAUUAAAUAGCCUGUGGUAUCAUUUAGUGUCUAGAUUUGUUCAGGAAUCAAGUAAAUGAUUCAACAGUUUUUACUGAAAAUAGGUUUAUUUUCCUUUUUCUGAAAAAGUAUCAAGUGUAGUAUCUGUUCUUAUCAGUUUAAUUUCACUUGUAAAACUUGCUAUGUAUGGAUAAUUAGUCAUUUCUACUUUUUUUUUUUCCUGUACUGGGUGAUGUUGGCAAACUCUUCUUAAACAGUUGAUAUGCUUUCACCAGGAGUUUUUUCAGUAAUAGUGAUAAUUAAAAAUUUGCAGACAGCUGAUGUUUUUGGUUGUAGAAAUAAUCUGUAAUGUAAAAGUAUGUUCAUGACAAUAGCAUUAUAUCACUUAUUUGUAUUAUAAUACAUUUAAACUGCUGCUGCCAUUGUCCUGUUACAUAUAAGAAGGUGGUUUUAAAUUGUAAAUGAUUUGAACUAAUAGAAAGAGGGAAUAUUCACCUAAAAAUAUUAGCAUUUGGAGGCAUUUUUGUAUAAUAAGAUACAUUUCUUUAAAAGCUUAUUUUAGCACUCUAUUAGGUUCUACUGUAGAGGAAGGGAUGUGCCUUUCUUAGCUCAGGAGGAAGCUGCUUUUAUUAUGCUGGCAAAUGUAUAAGAUCUGAGCUACGCUUUCCCCAUAUAAUUUGUUUGUGUGAAGAUCUCUUUAGUUCAAAUGAUCACUAUGGGUUGUGUAUGAAAUACAGUAUUGUAAACUCUUAAGAUACAUAUUGUGGGGACCAGUUGUGACACCGCUUGUGUUGGCACUUCUGACCCACUCAUUUUUUUAAGAUUUUAUUUUAGAAAGAACGUGAAUGGGGGGAGGGGCAGAGGGACAGGGAGAGAACCUCAAGCAGACUUUGUGCUGAGCAUGGAGCCCAAUGCGGGGUUCCAUCCCAUGACCCUGAGAUCAUGACCUGAGCCAAAAACAAGAGUCAGACAUUCAACCCACUGAGCCACCCAGGUGCCCCCCCAAUCCACUCAUUUUAACAGCCUACAACCACCCAUACAUUCAGUGUGUGAAGACGAUUCAUAAGACUAAGCAUUUGGUCAUACUCAUAGCUAAGAUUUAUUAUAGUGACACAGCAAAGAUACACAGCUGGAUCAGAAAGGAAAAGACUAGAGGAAUUAGUCUAGAGUCUAGAGGAACCCAUGUUCAGGCUUCCUAUGCUGUUCUUGAAGGAGCUACACAGAGUGUACUCCAACAGUGAAAUGCAUUAACAUGGGCACAGUAUUUCUGCCCAGGGAAGCCUGUUUAAAAAGCCCAGGGUUUUUAUUGGGUGCUAAAUCAUGUAGGCACCCUUUGCCCACCAAAAUUCCAAUUUCCCAGAAGAAGAGCAGGUGUUUACCGUAAAUCACGUGGUUUUUAAAGCAGUCUGGUCAGGCUAGCACAACCAGUACAAUCUUAUCAAAUAAAGAAAAUUUCAAAAGCUAAGUUUCUAGAUGCCAGCUGAGGGCCAACCUUGUAAACAAGCCCUUCUAAAGAUUAGACCUACACCAUUUGUUGAGAAGACUAUUCUUUCCCUUGGAAUGGUCAUGGUAUCCUUGAAAAUCAGCUGAACAUAGAGGCUUAUUGCUGGACUCAUUGACCUACAUGCCUAUGUUAAUUCCAUAAUAUAUUGAUCCCUGUAGCUUUGUUGUAACUUCUGAAAUCAGGAAGUAUGGGUCUUCCAGAUUCAUUAUUUUGUGAUAGUGUUUUGACUCUCCAUGUCCCUUGUGAUUCCAUAUGCAUCUUAGGAUCAGCUUUUCCAUUUUUUCUGCUGAAAUUUUAAUUGGGAUUGUAUUGAACCCAUAGAGCAAUUUUGGUAAAGACAUCUUUUGUUCUGGUUAUCUAUUGCUGAACGACAAAUCACCCCAAACUAAAUAGUGUAAAAGAAAAACCUUUUUUUAUUACGCUCCUAGAUUCUGUUGGAUACAGAAUUGGGAUGGGGCACAGUAGGGAUGUUUAUCUAUUCCAUGAUACUUAGAGGCUUCAGCUGGGAGUGAGGGGUCUGGGAGCUUAAAUCAUUAGCAGGCUUCUUCACUCAGAUGUGCCACUUAUUAAAAAUCUAUGUGACUUGAGCUUCUCGCAACAUGGUAGCUCAGUUCUAAGAGGGAGCAUCUGGGGGCAAGUGUUCUAAGAGAAAAGGAGAAAGCUCCAUGACCUUUUAUGAUUUCACCUUAAGUUACAUAGUGUCACUUUGGUAGUUUACUGGUUGAAGCAGUCAUAAGCCCUUUCAAAGGGAAGAGGACAUAGACUCCCACCUUUCCAUGAGAAAAUUUGGGGUCACCACCAAAUUCAUCUUACGAAUUCAUUCAUGAAUUCCUCCAUUUCAUGUAUAUAUAUAUAUAUAUAUAUGUAUAUGUAUACAUGAAUUCCUCCAUUUCAUAUAUAUAUAUAUAUACACACACAUGAAUCAGAAAGGAAUAUAUAUAUAUAUUCAGUAUAUUCAGUAUGUAUAUAUAUAUAGUCAGUAGGUAUAUACUGAUUGUUUUGUAGUGUUCUGUGUAGAGGUCUUGCAUAUUUUUCAUUGUUUUAUUCCUAGGUAUCUAAUUUUUAAAAUGUAUUAGAAAGUUUUUUUCAUCUCAUUUUCUGUUCUUACUGUGUAGAAAUCAAUUUAUAAUAUUUGCUUUGUAUCCUGCAGCCUUACUAAAUUGACUUUUUAAUGGUUUGUAGAAUUUUAAGGUUUUCUACAAUUAUAAUUAUGUAACCUGUGAAUAAUGAUAACUUCCUCAUUUCCAAUAUAUAUCCCUAUUAUUUCCUUUUCUUUCCUUGUUGCAUUAGCUAUGACCUCCAGUAUUAUGUUGAAUAAAAAAUAGUGAUAGCAAGUGUCC